AUGUUAUCUUCCCACAAACAAGGUGUUGUCACCAAUAUUCAGGUGAUAAACAAGGAGCAGAGUCUCAAUGGUACAAGUAAGUUGUCCAACAAGCACGGAGUUGGCACUGAUAUUGAGAUGGGAAACAUGGAAACUCACAAAAAAACAGACAUGUUAUCUUCCCACAGAGAAGGUGUUGCCACCGACACUCAGGUGAUAAACAAGGAGAAGAGUCUCAAUGGUACAUUUAAGUUAUCCAACAAGAACGGAGUUGCCACUGAUAUUGAGAUGGCAAACAUGGAGACUCACCAAAAAACAGACAUGUUAUCUUCCCACAAACAAGGUGUUACUACUGAUAUUCAGGUGAUAAACAAGGAGCAGAGUCUCAAUGGUACAAUUAAGUUAUCCAACAAGCACAGAGUUGCCACUGAUAUUGAGAUGGGAAACAAGGAGCGUGGGGUUAAUGGUACAAUUAAGUUACCCAACAAGCACGGAGUUGCCACUGAUAUCGAGGUUGGAAACAAGGAGCGCAGGGUCAAUGGUACAAUUAAAGGUCAGCCAUUAACUAUGUCUAAACCAAAGACAUUGGCUCAAUCUAAACCAAAGGCUUCUUCCAUGUCUCCUGGUGCUGAUCAUAUUGCUGAAGCGUCUAAAAGACCUCCUCAUCCCGAUUCCAAGUAUCUGAACCAGAUACUCUCAGUUCCCAAGAUGGACGAGUGGUCUGGAUUUUAUGACCAGGAAUGGUUGCUUGGAAGCAAGAGUACUCUGGUUAGGAAACCCGACGUGUGUCUUGAUGAAGUUAAGGACCAUCAGGACCAAGCUAAGCUAUUUGGCUCGGAGAUGCCCAUGCUGGGCUCUCGAUUGGAUUCUUUCUCACCUUCCUACUCUGAUGGCUGCAUCAAGUUCUGA